GUGUCACGAAGAGCAGGCAGAUGCAGAGAGAGCCAGGCACACAGCGGGUCCGGCUGUGCAGAGGGUGGCCCAGCCCAGUGCCCUGAGGCCCCAGCCAUCCCAGACUGGUGAAGCUGGUCACCCUGCGUGGCCAGAGCCCCCACUGGCUCCCCACCGCCCGUCAGGCCGUGUGCCCUGAUGGCCUCCGGGAACAGCUCUCAUGACUGCAUAGCUGACCCGGGCGGGCGCGUCCUGUCCCAGGUUACCAGGGUCUCCAUCUGCUUCAUCUUGGCUCUGGGGCUGCCGCUCAACGGCCUCGGGCUCUGGGUGUUCUGCUGCCGCCUGCGCAGGUGGACGGAGACCCGCGUCUACAUGGCCAACCUGGUGGUGGCUGACUUCCUGCUGCUGCUGAGCCUGCCCGGAGUCCUGCACAUGCUGGGCCAGGGGCAGGGGGACCAGGAGGGCCCUCUGUGCAGGGUUCUGCAGAGCUUCUACUAUGUCAACACCUACAUGAGCAUGUGCCUCAUCACGGCCAUCGCCGUUGACCACUACACCGCCCUGAGCUUUCCCCUGCGGGCCCGGGCCCCCGCCAGGCCGCCCUCACCUGCCUGGCCCUCUGGCUGCUGGUCUUUGGGACUGUGGCCCUGGUAGCGUCCUUGC